AUGGAAGAGACUGUGACACCUAAGCAAUACACCGUAACCCUGGUUGUUUGUCUGUCAAUCUUAUCAUUUGUGGUCGUUCUCAGUCUGGCCUACUGUAUCCAACUGUGUCGCCGUAAAAUUCAAGAUAGGCGAAAUGAUCGUUCGACCCAAAAAGCCUCACUGAUUGAAGUGGAAAAGCAGUCACCUAGACGAGGUCAAACUCCGACGAUGUUGCAAAAUAUUCGCGAAGCUUUUGAACGGCAUUUGCGUCCGGAAAAAACGAAAGCUGAAAAGCUGGCCAGUCACAUGAUCAACGAACAUUAUCAACCGCCAAUGGAGGAGACCAUCGGUCAACCACCAGAUCAUCCGUCCGAUGUAAAAAUCGCUAUUCUCUGCCAUUUUGUUAACGGCCUAAUGAAUGCUUUUUUUGACCAGCUGACUCCUGCAAAGUACCUUUUAGCUGGUCACUGA